ACUCGAGACUCUGUAUCAUCUGUACCGUACCGAAGCAAAAAGACACCAAAGAGAUCAUAAUGGCCUUCGCAGGUACACUGGCUGAUGCUGAAAUCGCUGCAGCCCUGGAAGGGUGCAAAGACGCUGGCUCCUUCGACCACAAGAAGUUCUUCAAGGCAUGCGGCAUGUCCGGCAAGUCUUCCGAGGAUGUCAAGAAGGCCUUCUUCAUCAUUGACCAGGACAAGAGUGGUUUCAUUGAGGAGGAGGAGCUGAAGCUGUUCCUGCAGAACUUCAAGGCAGGUGCACGUGCCCUCACCGACGAUGAGACCAAGAAGUUCCUCAAGGCCGGUGACACCGAUGGUGACGGCAAGAUCGGCGCUGAUGAGUUCGCUGAGAUGGUUAAGGCAUAAAGUGGCAACUGACCAACAACACCCACAUCGUCCUCCCCCCGUUUCCAUCUGAAUAUAAAUAAUAAUUUUUAUACAUUUGCUUAAGAGACGUUUCCUCCUAUGCAACACACUGUCCAAAAGAAAAAAUGAUGAUUGUGAAUGUCGCUCGGUUGUGUUCAUGUCUUAAAUAUGAAUUUUGCUUACUGUAAAAUUUAUGAUGCACUUUCCAGGUACAAACGGUAAAAAGGAAUAAAUAUUCUUUUA